AUGCCGUGCUGCCGCUCGCCCCGAUCCUCGCCCAGGGUCUUGAUCACCACCAUCGCUCUUUCCAUCCAGCCGUCUCUCGAGCCUCGCGCCGCAUCCACCGCGCUCCAUCAGCCAAAGCUCGAGUGGCAACACGCCGACGCCCGCUCGCAUCGCUCUCCGCUUUUCCCCCGAGCGCCAGGUGCAUCGAACCUUGCUCGUGUCGCACGUCGACGCGCCAUGUCAGCCAAGAAACGCUCCCGCGCAUCGUCCAUAGCCUCCAGCGAGAUGCACUCGAACCACCACUCGCCAAGCUCGAGUCACAUGGGUGCCAGCGGCGGAGUGGGUGCCUCGUCCAGCCGCGGGGCCAGCGCUCUGCCGGCGUCGGGCCCGUUGGUGCACGCAUCGCAAGACCUCGACGACUUCCAGGCUUCCUUCUGGCGCUACCAGAUGGACCUUGUCGAGCAGGGCGGCGAUGCAGAUGGCAACGUCGUCGACUUCAAGUCCGGCUUGCCUACGCAGGGCCAGCUGCCCCUGGCUCGCAUCAAAAAGGUCAUGAAGGCCGACGACCAGGUCAAGAUGAUCUCGGCCGAGGCGCCCAUCCUCUUUGCACGCGCCUGCGAGAUCUUCAUCUCGGACCUCACAUGCCGCGCCUUCCUGAUCGCAGAGGAGCACAAGCGGCGCACCAUCCAGCGUUCGGACAUCGCCGGUGCCAUCGGCCGAUCGGAUCUGUUCGACUUUCUGAUCGAUAUCGUGCCGAGGCACGAGAGCGUGCCCAGCAGCAGGCUGCCGGGCGGAGGUGCUGCGAAGCGUGAAAAGACGGGCGAAGGCAAAGGCGUCGGUCGAGCGAGCGCCAGCAGGCGGCCGCAACAGCAUCAGCCACCGUCGCAGCUGCAGCACUCGCAGGACGCCGGCUCAUACGACGACUCGGUGCUGCAUGCCGUCUCGGGCGCCUACGCAGAUGCAGAAGGCGCAGCGUCGGACUCGCUCAACAUCCCGCACACGGGUGGUGCAAGUGCACCGCUGGACGCGGCGGCUAGCAGCAGCGGCAUGGCACACUGGAUCCACGACACGUCGUCCGCCGACGAGCACUCGUCGCAGCCCGACGUCGGCUCGCACGCGCACCAUUCGCAUCACUCGCACCACCAUGCCUCGGCACAGUCGCAUUCGCAACACGGCACACACAGCCCGCACGAUCUGCACCACCACCCCCAUCCUCACCACCCUGCACUUUCACAUGCCGGCCAUCACUCGCACCACCACCACUCGCCGCUCGACUACGUCGCCUCCAACGCCGGCACGCCCAACAGCAUCGGCGCCGGCAGCGCAAACGGAAGCGCCUGGUCACACACCUUUUCCGGAUUCUCCUGA